AUGAAGGUCGAUUGUCAGGUCGUCACAACGCCGACCGCCGAUACCCCCGGCACGGUAGUGAUGCUCAACUGUCCCGACAAGCGGUACUUGUUUGGUCAAGCGUCAGAAGGAACUCAGCGGGCAUGUGUAGAACGUGGGGUGAAAGUGAUGCACUUGAGCGAUGUCUUUCUGACGGGUCGUGUUGGGUGGGCUAAUAACGGUGGGCUGAUAGGCCUCAUUCUAACAGUGGCAGAUGCAGUAGCCGCCAACAAUCAGGCCUUGAAGGAAACCCGUGAAAAAGCCCUCCAAAAAAUAGCCAACCUUCCAGCCCAAACGCGGGAAAAAGUUCAGCGUUCAUACCCACCCAUACAGAACAGCACCAUCCAACUCCACGGAGGCCCGAAUCUAUCUCAUUCGAUAGCCACAGCCCGGCGCUUCGUGUUCAGAAGAGGUGUGCCCAUAGAAGUGAAAGAAUACGAUUCGGAAAGCGGUUUACAGCAAGCAAAGGCCGAAAUAGCGGACCCCUUUGAAACCCCCUCUUACUGCGAUGCGAAUAUCAAGGUUUGGGCUCUACCGAUCAAACCCAAUUCAUCCUCCACCUACAAUGUUGCCUCACGGGCUUCAAGCCCGCGCAAGCGGAGUCUGGAUGAAUUCCGGGAGGCUGAGCACCCUACAUCAGCUGUCAGCCAGCGUGAUGCGGACCAGUUACUACGCCAAUCAGUUGUCAGCGACAUGUUCAACUCAAACUGGAAGAUGGAUGCACUCGUGGAAACUCCUUUGGCAGAUGUCAAAAUGCCAGCUGCCAUGUUCGUGCGCAAUCCGGAGACCAAGGACAUGCAACCCUACAAUGGCCCCAAGCCGGGUGAUGGCGACCCCUUACCUGACAUCAAAGUAUUUGUUCGAAGGCCCUGGCCAGGUGCAACCGUGGAUAGCUUACCAGCAACUUCACCCUCAACGGAGUCGCUCUGCUAUAUCGUACGCAAUCAUGAUGUUCGCGGAAAAUUUGAUCACAUCAAAGCCAAAGAACUAAAUGUCCCUUUUGGCCCGGCUUGUGGUGCUUUAACGGCAGGACAGAGUGUUCAAUCCACUGAUGGAAAGACAAUUACCCCCGAUAUGGUGUUAGGCCCUACUCGGAAGGGCAAUGGCAUCGCUAUCAUGGACGUUCCAUCGGUUGAUUAUAUUGAAUCCCUGAUAAACCGUCCUGAGUGGAAAUCGCCUGCGGUCACGACCGGGUUAAAAGCCUUUGUCUGGAUACUAGGUCCGGGUGUAGGUGAUCACCCAAAGCUAAGGGAGUUCGUCGCUAGCAUGUCACACUGCAAGCACACUGUCUCUAGCACAGACUAUUGUCCGAAUUAUCUGGCCCUUGGUGGUGCUGCUGAGUCCGCUACUAGACUUGCUCAGCUAAAGAGCGACAGUUACUCGAUUCCCGUUCAUGACAACUCGACUCUUCCCCAGACCCGAGCCCUUUCUAGCCGCUCUCAGCCACUCAGCAUGGUCGAUUUUCCCUUCGAGCCUUUGAAGCCUGGCUAUGUCUUUGAUCUGGAACCCCAGUAUAAGUUCAGCACAGACAGUGGUAUGCCAUACUUUGAUGCUACUAAGUGCAAAUUUACUAUUCCGAAGUCUGUGGCGAAGCGAAUGUCGGUCAUCGACAAACGCGUAGCCAAACCACGUUUUCAACAGGAGCUGGAAAACGUCCGUAAAGACCUUCCUGGAGCCGAAGCUGAGAUCAUUGCAUUGGGCACUGGGUCAUCGAUCCCAUCUAAAUACCGUAACGUCUCUGCUACCCUUAUCCAUGCUCCUGGAGUCGGGUACUACAUGCUGGACUGUGGAGAAAAUACCCUGGGCCAAAUGGAACGAGUUUUUGAACCCGAGAAACUGCGUGAAGUGCUCCGAAACCUUCGAAUGAUUUGGAUCAGCCAUUUGCACGCUGAUCACCAUUUGGGCACUGUCUCCCUGAUCAAGGCCUGGUAUCAGGUGAAUUUUGGGUUGGACGCCAAGCAGGAAGCUGGUCCUAAGACUGACCUGUCUAAAAUCCUGCAAGAGAAACGCCUCGCCGUUGUUUCUGAUGAAAUGAUGAUUGCAUGGCUGGAGGAGCACUCUCAGGUGGAAGAUUACGGCUUUAGCAAGCUACUCCCUCUUUGUGCCUACCCUAAACCCUCUGGGCCGUCCAUUGCCACCACUUUCGGCUAUCGGCACUAUCAAAAUGGCGGCCCUCCCUUUGGUCCUGACUCAGCCUCAAAGACGAUACUUGACUUUAAGGAUGAAUCUUCUCCUCUGACGCCCUUGCUGAAGGCUUCCACCGGGCUAAGCGAUCUGCUUACCACUACCGUCAAGCAUUGCCGUGGCGCCCUUGCCGUCUCUUUAGUCUUCCCUGACGGGUUCAAGGUCUCGUAUUCUGGAGACUGUAGACCGUCUGAUAAAUUCGCUUCAAUUGGCCAGGGGUCUACCGUGCUUAUUCACGAAGCCACCUUCUUGGAUGACAUGGUUGGCUCAGCCCUGGCCAAGCGCCAUUCAACUUCCGCUGAAGCAAUUGAAGUUGGCCGCCGUAUGGGAGCUCGAUCGAUUUUACUGACUCAUUUCAGUCAACGCUAUCAGAAGGUCGCUCAAGUAAACCAUGAAGAAGGCUCCGAAGGGUAUGAUCAAAUGUCUUCUGAUCGGAAGGUUAAAGAAGCAGUAGCCGUGGCGGAAGACAACCUCUCCAAAGAUGCGGAUAUUCCAUUCGAUGAUCCUGAAGAUGGACCAGUCGAAUCCCAGGCUUCAGGUGCUGCACUGCUAGAUGAUACUCGGUUCCCUAGCGCGAGCCGGCCCUCGCUUCCUCGCAGCGAGACCUAUGUGCCUGGAGUGAACAUGCCAGCAUACGCCCCUGCUCUGGAGAAACUAGUCGCCGUCAUAGAGCGUGAAUCUAUCCAAAAGGCCGAGCAGGCCAAAGCAAAGAUCCAAAGGGAGGAAGAGGCUCGGAAAGCAGAGAAGGCAAAGAAGCAUACCAAGAAGCCGAAGAACAAGAACAAAGCUGCGGCGGCAGCAGGAGUAGUAGUUGCCGCUACUGUUGCAAUCGAGGAGGCCAGCCCAGAACAGCCUGAACAGCCUCCGGUCUCCGCAUUUGAUGCCAGCGAGAGUGAAGAUGGAUGGGAAACGAGUGACUACGAGGCAUAG